AGUCACUCAGUCACUUAUUCUAGUACAUGAAAUAAUUGACUGUUUUGCCUAGUCUUAAAUGUUACAAUCCUUGUUAUAUCAUAAUGUGUUUAGGAGAUUAUAGUUUCAGACUGGUGAAUGGUAAAAAUGAGUGCUCUGGAAGAGUUGAGAUCCUUUAUAAUGGCCAAUGGGGAACAGUGUGUGAUGAUGGCUGGGACAUGAAUGAUGCUGCUGUGGUGUGCAGACAGCUGGGAUGCGGAUCAGCUAUUAGUGCACAAACCAGUGCUCAUUUUGGCCAAGGUAGUGGUCAGAUCUGGUUGGAUGAUGUGGGAUGUUCAGGACAUGAAUCAUCACUCACACAGUGCUCACAUCAUUCUAUUGGAACACAUAACUGUGAUCAUUCUGAAGAUGCAGGUGUCAUCUGCUCACAAGACAUUAGGUUGGUCAGUGGGUCUGAUUCAUGCUGUGGGAGAGUGGAGAUCCAUCAUAAAGGCCAGUGGGGAACCGUGUGUGAUGAUAACUGGGACCUGAAUGAUGCUGCUGUGGUCUGCAGACAGUUACGGUGUGGAUCAGCCAUCAGUGCACCUUACGGAGCCGCCUGGUCCAGGCAGUGGAUCAAUCUGGCUGGAUGAUGUUAAAUGUUCAGGAAGUGAAGGAGCCCUCACACAAUGUUCACACAGUGGAUUAGGAAAUCAUAACUGUAAACAUAGUGAAGAUGCUGGUGUUGUUUGUUCAGGCUGUUCUGAGAUUCCUGUCAGAAUGACUAGUUCUGCUCAGGCCGCUCCCACGAUAGUUGAUUGACAAGACCGUCUUACCCGCCCUGAGUGAGCUGAGAGCUGCCCGCCUCCGGUGCAGGGGAAGAAAAGAUAUCUCCGAUUAAGAGAUUGAGGCGUUUUGUUGUUGGAUGUAAUAAUGAAUAUAGCAGUCAUCAAUUACUCCCGACAUCUGAGCCGCUGAAAACGCAGAGGAUUAACUUUACUUUCGUUUUGAAGGGAAUGCGCUGAUCCCGAUCUGCCUAAAUGCGUCUAUGUUCGCGCGAAUCAUUCGUGAUCCAGCUACAUCUACAGAAGAAGGUCGCUCAGAUUCUCUCCGCUGAAGCAGCGAUGGCAAGUCAAGUCAAGAGCGAUAAAUCCGGGUCUGUGGAGGACAGCGCUUUAGCAGGACAGACAGUCAGAGAGAACAAAACAGAAACUGAUAGCAUUAAUCAAAGUGUAUUCAGUCUGGAUCCCAAUGAGGAGUAUAAGAUGGACCACAAGAAGCGAGGAAUGGCUCUGAUCUUUAACCAUGAACAUUUUUACUGGCAACUCACGUUGAACAGCCGCUCUGGCACAAAUGCAGACAGGCAGAACCUUGUUAGAAGAUUUCAAGACCUGGGUUUUGAAGUCAAGUCUUAUGAUGAUUACAAACGGGAAGAAGUUUUAUCAACAAUCGGAGAAGCUGCUGCUGCUAACCAUGUAGAUGCAGACUGCUUUGUCUGUGUCUUUUUAAGUCAUGGGGAAAAUGGUCACAUCUAUGCCAAUGAUGGGCAGAUCGAAAUUCAAGAAAUCACUGACUUGUUCAAGGGGAAUAAAUGCCAAAGCCUUGUAGGGAAACCCAAGAUCUUCAUCUUGCAGGCUUGUCGUGGUGACAAACAUGAUGAUGCUGUGACACCAAUGGAUGCGGUGGACAGUCUGACGGUCAAUGAAGUGGUUGUGGAUGCAGGGGCGCUCUGCACCCUUCCAGCAGGAGCAGAUUUCCUUAUGUGCUAUUCAGUAGCUGAAGGAUACUACUCUCAUCGUGAGACUGUGAAUGGCUCGUGGUACAUCCAGGAUCUGUGUGAAAUCUUGAGGCAUUAUGGAUCUACACUGGAGUUCACUGAUAUCCUGACACUUGUUAACAGGAAGGUUUCCAUUCGCAGUGUAGAUAACUGCAAGGAUCGCUCUGCUUUAGGCAAAAAACAAGUUCCUUGCUUUGCGUCCAUGCUUACUAAGAAGCUAUUUUUCAGGCCUAAGAAAUAAUACUAAUGUUAGGGCCUUAUUGCAGGUAAAAAUUCAGGGAUUAUAUUGUUUUAUUUGACUGUUGUGCUCCUAAAUAUACAUAAUUUUCAAAAUGGAAAUCAUGCUGGUUUGCAUGUUUUAGCCUGGAGGUUUGACAAACUCAGGGUUACAAAGUGCAAAUAGUUACUUUUUUUUACCCGUUAAUGAUGAUAGUUAUUAGGUUUCACUGUUUACACUAACAAUACAAAAAAUGCUUUGAAUUACCUGCAGAUGAAGACAGUCCUGUUUUUUUAGAGCAAGGAAAACUACUUAUGAAAAUGGAGCAAAGAAACCUUGAAAUUUAUGGAAUUUUUUAUAGUAAUGUAUAUCAGUACUGCACUACAUUCAUGAUCAAGCACUAAAGCAUGAUCUCUUUAUCUGUGAGACAUGUAGUAGUACCUCGAGGGCUGUUGAGAAUUUAGUUUAGUUUGAACAAAACGAGAAAUUCCAGUUUAACGAUUUAAAACAAAACUUGAAAAUCAUCUUAGACCGCAAACCUACUUAUCUACCAGCUUUGCAUACGAAACUACAUGGAACUAUAUGGGGAAUUAUGGUUUUUGUUUAAAAUUUUUAUCGUACAUGGUGUCUUAAAUGUUGAAAAGAGUGACUUUUAGAGAUCCGGCCACAGACAUACACUACACUUUUACAUGAUUCUGACACAUCAAAUAUUUUGGUCACCGUGCAUGUCUUUUGACCACUUGUCUUUUGGUGUUGAGUUUCAUCACAUGUGGUACUUGUUUAGUUAAAACUAAAAGUAAAUAUAUAAUGAUAAGAACUGAAUGUCUUUACACAUUGUUUACUCAGCUCUGUUAUCUUGGAGUGGAAUUUAUAGUAUGGCCGUUUUAAUGUUGUUGCAAGCCUCAUAAUAUGUAUCACAGUCUCUUUGAUAACGUAGAUGUUUUUUAGGUAUUCAUUUCCCUAAUAAUGUGACUGCUUUCUGUUCUGUUUGAACACGGAUUAUUGGGAAAUUGGCUGUUCUGCAACAUACUGUAUAAUUAACUAUUGCUGCAUGUGCAGUUGUCAGAAUUGAAUAGGCUUGCCUCUAUAUUCAAAUAAUAUUCCUCUGCAUUUAAGGCUUGCUCUAUAUAUGCUAUUUAGCAAAUCUAGGGUUAUAGUGCAGGUUUUCCCAAACUGUUAAAUUGAGUUUUUUUUUUUUUGUUUUUUUAAUAGAAAUGACAAUCUCAGAGUGCUUCAAGUAAAUAGUUGAUUAUUUGUAUUAAGAAUGCUUUGCAAAUAAAUCAGCAAUUAUAAUGUUAUUGUGGUGAAUGUUUAAUACACUGAAAAUGUUGUUGUUUUGUAUUGCAAGCAUGCACUUCUAUUAAAAUAAAGAGAUACACUGAUUAAUUGUA